UACAGCAAGAGCAAGAGCAAGAGUAUGUUGUGGGUGUGCCGCCGCCUGCCCCGCGCCGUGCUGCACCGGGCGGCCCUCGACACCAUGAAUGGGACCAGCCGCCCCAGCUCGGACAUGGCCAGGUUCAGGGAGGUGUUCAAGAAGUCCAGGCACGUGGUGGUGCUGACAGGAGCUGGAGUAUCAGCGGAAUCUGGUGUUCCUACUUUUCGUGGGGCCGGUGGCUUGUGGCGGACCUGGAAAGCACAAGACUUGGCAAGCCCUUCUGCUUUUGCACGCAACCCUUCUCUGGUGUGGGAAUUCUACCAUUACCGCAGAGAGGUUAUGUCCACCAAGUUCCCUAAUCCUGCUCACCUGGUUAUUGCUGAGGCAGAGGAGCGAUUGACAGCAGAGGGACGGCGUCUUGUAGUGAUCACACAGAACAUUGAUGAGUUACACAAGAAAGCAGGAUCAAAAGCAGUCAUUGAGCUGCAUGGGUCUCUGUUUCGGACAGAGUGCACAAAGUGUGAAGAAAUAUUACAAAAUACCGACAGUCCUAUCUGCCCAGCACUUGCUGGAAAAGGUGCCCCAGACCCCAAGGCAGAAGAUGCCAGGAUUCCCGUGUCUGAGCUUCCUCGGUGCAAAAAGUGUUCAGGACUGCUGCGGCCCAACGUGGUGUGGUUUGGAGAAGGUCUUGAUCCUGAUGUGCUGGAGAGGGCUGGCAAUGAACUUGACCAGUGUGACCUGUGUCUGGUGGUGGGCACCUCGUCCGUCGUGUAUCCUGCUGCCAUGUUUGCCCCACAGGUAGCUGCAAGAGGAGUGCCUGUUGCUGAAUUCAAUAUAGAAGCAACACCUGCCACAGAUGAUUUUGGGUUUCAUUUUGAGGGUCCUUGUGGGUCUACUCUCCCUGAAGCACUUGCUCCGUAGCCAUCUGGUACAGGUCUCCUGUUGUGGUGGCAGCAGUGCUCCUGUAAAAUACUAGAUAGCUGAAUGGGACUUCUACUGCUGGCCUGAAGCCAAGAAUAGUGACCUAUAAUUAAUAAAUUUGGAAUUGAAUGUGAUAUUAAAUUUAUGGCAUUAAAACUAAGGAAAAAUAUAUUGUCUUAAUAAAACCUAAACAUUAGUUCUAUGGGUCGAAUGUGUAGAUACAAUCCCUGAACUCAUGGCCCAGACCAAGAAACUGCUAUUGAUGGAGGUUCCAUCAUUGUCUGUAACAAUGAGGCUCUAAGGAUCAUCAAACAUUCUGUUCAAUAGGAGGAGGCGCUUGGCAGGGGUAAACAGCAAUGGAAGUUAUAUCAACUGGGCACAGGCAGAGACAGCAACUGUAUCUGUGGUGUGGUUGGUGCGGAGCUGUCCAAGACAACAUUUGUGGACGUCACAUCCCAUCCUGCAAUGCAAAGAGGGAAUGUAAUAUCAUUGGUGGGACUCAUGCACCAAGAACAAAAAUGUUGUUCAAUAAGUCAAACAAGUUUACGAGUAUCAAAAGAUUCACAAAUAUAUAUGAAACUCAAGUAAAUUUUGUUGCAGAUAUAUUUUUUUGGUAAAUAGUUAUACAGUGCUGUACUCUUGAUCUUGAUAAGUAAUAUGCAGGGCACCUAUACAGGUGCAUAACACAGACAUUUGGGUUAGCUGUUGGAGGAAGGAAGAGUUGAGUGUGCAGAGAAGUAAAUCAAGUGUAAUUGUUAAUGUUGGUGUGUUGUGGUGACAAGUGAGUGUAUUUGUUUUCUGAAUGAGUAUUGUACCACAGUCCAAAAUCUGUUGAGGGAGGCUGUAUCAUUUACGUAUGGUGCAUGGAAAGUGCGAGUGCUUGUAUGUGUAUGUGUUGUGUGAUAUGCUUGAUAUUUUUGGUUGUGUGUGUUACGAGUACGUUGACUUUGCGUUGUGUAAGUAUGUGGAUCAAUGUCAACAUGAGUGUUUGUGACCUUGUACAUUAGUGUAAGUCUGUGUGCUUGUCUGCAUAUGUGAAAAGGCUCCAUGUUUAUCUGUUGUUUGAUCUGUGUUGAGAUGUCAACUGUUCGAGUGUAAUUGUUUGUAAUGAACCUAGCUGCCUU